AUGAAAAAAUCUAAAGACAUGGGCGUAAGUGUCGAAGCGGUAGAUCCAGUAUUUCAAGCGCGUAUGUUGGAGAUGCUGCGCCAAACUGGCCGACCGGAGAUGGUCGUCGGGUGGUACCACAGUCAUCCGGGUUUCGGCUGCUGGCUGUCAGGUGUGGACAUCAAUACGCAACAGAGUUUCGAAGCUCUUUCGGAACGCGCGGUGGCCGUCGUGGUAGAUCCUAUUCAAAGCGUUAAAGGCAAGGUCGUCAUCGACGCAUUUCGGCUGAUCAAUCCGCAGACGUUGGUGCUUUGUCAGGAACCUCGACAGACCACGUCUAAUUUGGGCCAUUUGGAAAAGCCGUCUAUUCAGGCGUUGAUUCAUGGCCUCAAUCGUCAUUACUACAGUAUCGCGAUAAACUACAGGAAAAACCAGCUAGAGCAAAAGAUGCUUUUGAACCUGAACAAACGAAGCUGGAUGGAUUCGUUACGUCUGAAAGACAUUCACGAGACGUGCAAGGCGAAUCAGGCCACCGUUGAAGAAAUGCUACAGCUUACCAAGGCAUAUCACAAGGUAACUCUGACCUUUUGAAG